AUGGCAGCAGCCAGUGUCUCCUCGGAAGCAGGGCCUUGUCCCCUGGGUCCCGGGGAAGAAGAAAGGUUUUAUCCCUCGAAAGUGGAAGAAGUAAUGGAGACAGUUUGCAGAGACUUUUUGCUGCAGCAGCAGCAGUACGACGCAGCAGCAGCAGCAGCAUGGGCGCAGCAGCUGGCGCAGCAGCUGCUGGCAGCAAUCCGCAGCUCGCAGCAAAUCCCCAGGUUUAAAGUUCUUGUCCAAGUGCUGCUGCUGCAGCAAAGGAGACAGGGCCUUUGCUUCUGCAGCAAAAGUCUCUGCGACG